AUAUGUUUGCAGUGAGGAAGAGGCUGUCCUCUUUCUCUGGGGAUGUUUGUGUUUAACAGGGAGCAUUUUACACGAUGGAGCUGCCGGACACGAUCAGAAAACGUUUAGAAGACUUUUCCCGGAAUGUGUUAUUUGACCAGAGUCGGUCUCAGCCCUUCACAAAGGAGAACGACACGUUUUUUCCACACGACAAGCGGGUUCUGUCUAGUCUCCACCUCCAGAUGUCCCUAUACUUUAACAUGUGGUUCUUCCCCUGGUGGUGGAUCAGUGAAAUUGUAAUGCUGCACCUCAAGUAUCCUGCCUUGGCAGACCACUACAAGUUCAUCCUUGUCACUGUUCUCGUCGUGAUGACUGUAAUUGAGGCUCUUAGACUCUAUCUCGGUUAUGCUGGAAACCUGCAAGAAAAGGUUCCGGAGUUGGCUGGAUUUUGGCUGCUAAGCAUCCUACUACAACUUCCAUUGAUUCUGUUUCAGCUCUUCAAUGAAGCUAUUCUCAUACAGCCACUAGAGAGGGGUGUUCACAUAGUUCUCGCCAUAUUUAUACUCACACAGUCCCUGUCUGGUUUUGUGGCACUUCGAGACAUGGUCAACCACACACGGAGCCAAUUUAAUCUCCGACAGUUUGACUGAAUUCUGAGGCUCUGACGUCCCCGCCACAUCUGCCACACCAGGACAUAUCUUCACUUCACACCUCCCAGACUCACAAUAAACUUGUACAAUACAAAAAUGUUUUGUAUUACGUGUAGCACGUGGGAUAUUUUCUUCCCAUGAUUGAGUAUUAAAGAGCAAAACAAGAAAAUAUUUAUUUUUAUAUUUUAGUCAAAUGAUAUUCGAUAGGAAUGUAUUUUUUGU